AUGGAAUCGACUCAGGAAAGAGUCAGAACCUCCGUGGAUCAGUUGGUCGAUGAGCUGGACAAGAAAUACCUUCGCGAUAUUCAGAGGAAGAUGUUUUUAUGUUCGUCGAAGUGUUGUGAGAACAAGAACGUAUCAAGAGAUCGGUUGGACACCUGCAUUGAGAAAUGUAAUAGAGGAACGGAGAAGGCUCAAGAUGCCAUUGAUAAAGAACUAGGAUUAUUACAGCAGAACUUGACCGCGUGCCUGCCUUCUUGCCACGAUAGAGUCGUGCAGAAACUAGGACUAGACUUGGAGAAGGUGGAUGAACGGCAGUUAAAGCAAUUUAAGCAGCAUUUAUAUGAUUGUGUAGAUAAGUGUUCCAAUGAACAACUCAAGACUUUACCUCAGAUACGUGAUAGGAUUCUAAAGUCCCUGUCUAAAUAAAACCUGCCUCAAUUUCUUUAUAUGGGUAUUAUAUGUUUUGUUUUUGUUGACCAACUUUAUAUGUUACACUUCAUAAACACAUUACUUAUGCUUUUGAUUUGACUUGUUCAUGUUAAGACAUUUGAAUAUCUUUGAUUUUUUGCGACUUCAAUUAGUAUUAUUUUUGAUUUAAAUUUUAGGUAUUUUGAUGUCAAUCAGAGAAACGAAUCCUUCGACUCUAUGAAUCUACUGUCGCUAAUAUUAUUUUCAUGGAUUUCUCCUUUAACUGGCGGAGUUUCAUUAACAAUUGGAGAUGACCAUGUGCCUGAUCCACAGUUAGGCCGAAUAUGUGCGUAUGGUGACGUAAACAAAGACAGAUACACUGAUUUAAUCGUCCAGAAGUCAGAAAAACUUGUGUUCUUGUUACAGUCCGAGGAAGGAAAAUUUAAAUCAAGUCAGAGGCAUGGACCCAUUGAUCUCAAUGUCAAGAAAGAUGUGUUUUGCGCUACGGGGGAUUUCAACGGGGAUGCCGCUUUGGAUGUUAUGGUUAUAACUGUGAGUUUAAGUAGUUUGAUAACCGGAGAAAAGGACCCAGUUUGAAAAAUAGUGUAAAAUAUUUGAUGAUGUUGUCAUACGUCAAUGUAAGAGUAAAAAGGUAAAUUUAGGUGUAUAUUGUAUCCAAAAGGCCUGAUAUAAGAACUUUAGGAGAGAGGCGAUAUUUACAUGUAUGCUUUAAUGUAAGUGUAAUCUUUGGAAAGAGUUAAAUUCUGAUGUAAGCCUGUUAGAAGUGAAGUCUUCAAAACUAUUUAUAAAAAUUUGGUCAGGGAUUCUCAGGGAUUGGGUCUUUUUCUCUGGAAGCGUAGUAGUUAUGUUUAACUUCAUUUUUAUUUAGCCAAAUGGAGACGGGGAGGAUUUUGAUGUUGUUGUUUACCUAAACCGUGAAGGGUCAUUCCAAAUGUUGCCCAAUCCUAUCACUCAGAAGUUUGUUGAGCCACCUGCUGUUAUGGAUGUAAAUGGGGAUGGAAUAUCUGAUAUAUUGGGGAUGGUCAAGAAGUCUGGUGAUGUCCAUUACUCUUUACAUUGUUUGUCGGGAAGUCGUUCUGCAACUUUCGAAGAGUGCCAGAAUAAAUUCCGCGGCGGAGAUUUCUCUCCGGGACCGUAUCCAUAUUUCCCUCAUAUCUUCGUUGAUUUGGACGGAGAUCUCAGUGCCGAAAUUGUUUUUGGAAUGAAGAAUUCGAAGGUGCCUCUCAAGUUUAUGGUCUUCAAGAGAAUGGGAAGGUAGAUAUAAUUUUGUUUUAUACGAUUUCUUUCCUUAGUUCCCAAUGGAAUGUGAAGAGCGACUUGGUCCCAGAUCUUCCAGACAGCCCAGAACUGCAAGAGUUUGCUGCUCCUCUCAUUGCUGACUUCAAUUCGGAUUCGAAGAUUGAUAUUGUACUUCCCGUGUGUCGCGCAAAGAAUGAUUGUACCCACAUUGAUAAGUUCUUGGUUUGGUUUGAUGGAAUGGUCAAAUGGGAGCAAUUCCAGAUGGAUAUGAAAGAACUGGCGUUUGUCGUCGAACCAAACUCGAAGACUGUCUUCAGAGUUGGGGAAUUCAAAUUGGACGGGUAUCCGGACUUAAUUGCCACUUCUGUUUAUACUAACAACAGGAAGACCGAGACCAGAGCGCCCCUGAUUGUUUCAAAUGAACCAGGAGAUGGAAACUUUUCUAGGUAUGUUGUUACGUCAUGUUUUUUUUAUGUUUUUAGGAAGUUUGAAUUCAAUCUUCAAAAAGAUCUUCACCUUGUACUCCCCGAGGCCAUCGCUGGUGCUAAUAUCUCUGCCAGUUCCUUCUUUGACCUGAAAGAAGAUGGAAAUCUCGACGUUCUUGUGGAAUAUAAGGACAAACAUGUUGGUGGAACGAUGAUUGAUUUUAUCAAAUGUGAUGACAAAGGGGAUACCACCUUCCUCAAGGUCCAAAUCUUUUCCAAUGUUUGUUCGAAUGACUGUCCUGGGACUCCAAGCAGUGAUAGCGGUAAGCUUUGUAAUGGUUUGGGGAUUAUAUUCUUGCAGGGAGCGGCAUUGCAUGGAGUGGGGCUUGUGUGUCUUACUCAAUGGAUACUUCUUAUGGUCGUCCUCAAGUCGCGGUCCAGUGUCAGCUUCCUCAGACUACAUACCGCACUCUUCAUGCUCCCUUUGUGUUAUUUGGACUUGGUCGAUCCCCUAAUUUUGUGGAUAUUGUGACAUUGGGAAGUCCCCGGGAUCCAGAAAGGAAGGAGAAUCAGCAACAUAUCCUCAAACAGAUCGUUCCGAACAGUCGGGUAAUUGUGGUUCCUCCAGAAAGAGACGAAGCUCAUUGGCAGAGUCGUCUAUAUCUGACCCCGAGCACUCUGAUUAUCCAAUCUCUGAUGGUUCAAGUGACCGUAUGUCUGAUUUUGCUCGGUCUUGUUGUUGGUCUCCAUAUGAGAGAACGUCGGCAUGAUCGUCGGGAAAGGCAGUCACAGUCACAUCGCUUCCACUUUGACGCUAUGUAA